CUCCAUUCGCACUCCAGCCGUUCGGGUUAAGGUUCGGGUAUUGCUUUUUACCGUAUUAGGGGUGACUCCAUUAGCUCUGUUCACUCCACUCCAACUCCGCGCUGAAUAGCCGAACCUAACCCAGCUAAAGAUGAUUUUAAAAACUUGCCCGUUUUACAGUUUUACCGCUUUGUUGGAACAUGCGCGUGACUUUGACAGUUCGCUCGAUUUCCAUUUUUCAGGUGAAAAAUUUGUUUGGUUUGUUUUUAUUAUGAAAAUGAGAUGUGAAAUAUAAUAAUCCACCGUGACAGAUUCCAGACAGAAAUAGAUAAAUACAUUUUGGGCCAAGCCAAAGUAUAGUUUAAUAAUGGAUGAAGACAUUGAAUCAAAAACCUGGGUUUUGGUGAACGAAGUGGACUGCGCUGAAGAAGCAUUGACUUUAAACCCCACAGUCGGGACUGCAACAGAUUCAGAUCAAGAAUCUGAUGGCAGUAUUAGUAUUAUUACUGACCAUCCAAGUGAAAGUCAUUCGGAAGAAGAACAUGAACCUGUAAUGGUAUCAGGCGUUAAGCCAAUUAUACCAAUUGUAACUAUUGAUGCUGCUCCUGAAAUAACCGAUGAGGAUAUUUGUAUUGAAUAUUCUGUAUCCGAUUUUUCAAAUACUUCUAAGCAAGAACUCAGUGCUUCUCAAUAUUCUGAAAAAAAUGAAACAGAGCAUGAAAUCAAUGAAUGCCAUGUAACUCCUACUUUUGCUGACUUAUCAAAAAAGAACUGGGCCUAUGAUGAUGGGGAAUUGAAAUUUGAGCCUUCUCACAGACCAUUCUUCCUAGACUGUUCUCAAGAACCAAUUCUUGAAGUUUCUCAAAUCGAGACUGAAGCAAAUACUGAAAACAUUUCCAAUUUGGAAACUUUCUCCAUCAACCCAGAAUCUCAAACACUUGUCCAGAAACUGGAAAAUGUAAGUGCUAAAAUACAAACUAAACAACCAGGCAGAUAUGAAACUUUUACCAGAAUUAGAAUAGGAAUUUUAUUAUCAAUGAUGGUACUUGUUGGUUCACACUUGAUACAGCAAUAUAAUGAAUAUAAAGAUGAUGAAAUACAAACUCGAAGCGAACGUUUUUUGGAAGGUCUUGUAGAGCAUGAAAAAGCAAAAGAGAUAGUAAACUUUUGCACUGAUAGGCAAAAAGCAAAAGGUGAAUACUCUGAAAGGGCUCUUGAAAAAUGUGUUAUUAAAAGAUUAAGAAAGAAAAAUAGAGAGGAGAAAAUGCAUAGGACAGAAAUAUAUUUGCAAAUGAAAGAGCGUAUGUUGGAGUUAAGGGAAAGAGAACUCAAUGAGAAGGAGAAACAAGUGUUAAAACAAUGGUGGAAGACUCAAGAAGAUGCAUGUGAAAAAAAGGAAAUUAAGAAGGACAAAUGGUGGAAAUUCCAGUCAGAUGCAAGUGCAGAAAAUUCUAAUGAAGAGUCAAUCAAUAAAAAUUCUUAUUUAAAACUGGGAACAAGUUUUGACGAAUUUGAUACGAAAUAUAAAGAACAAUUUGGAUUUAAAGAGAAAAAACGAUAUAAUCUAUACAAGGAAAAAAUAUUUCAAAAAGAGCAUCCAUAUUCGAAGAAAAAUCAGUUUAUUCGUGGAAAAGAUAAAGAAAAUAAUAAAUUUACUGAGGAAGUGUUUGAUAAACACUAUAAUAAAUAUAUACCGAAAAAUAAUAAAGCCAAUGAAAAGAUAUUUAAAACUAGCCUUAAUAACAGGAAAGUUACUUUGAAAACAUUGAAGGGAAAAAUUAAAAAGAAGUACCAACAAGAUAACAGACAGCAGAAACAAAGAAAAAGUAAAGGAGACAAGACACAAGAUUCUGAUGAAGAUUGGUAUAUUAAAUACAACCCAAGCCAAAACACCAUUGAAUUAAUUAACAUUACCAAACUAUCUCCAGAGGAUUCUUCAUUAAUACGAAAUGGAAAUAAAACAAUAAACGGUCAGUGGUAUUUCAGCUUAUAUGGGGAUUCACGAAAUAAUAUACGCAACAAGGAAAAAAUAGCAGAAUGGUAUUUCAGAAGGGGCUACUAUAGAGAAAAUAAACGUGACAAAGCUAAAUGGUAUUUUGACUAUAUGUCUGGUAGAAACCAUGCAGAGUAUUUUUAAUUGUGUGCUUGUAUGUGUUAUUAUUUUUUAUACUUAAUUUAGGCAAAAAAUUGCAAUGGUUUGUUCAACAGCUGGCAUCGUUUAUAGUUAGAACUAGGGCGGUAUCUGAUCGCCUUCGAACCUCUAACUUUCGUUCUUGAUCAAUGAAAGCGUUUUUGGCAAAUGCUUUCGCUUCUGUCCGUCUUGCGACGAUCCAAGAAUUUCACCUCUAGGGUUGCAGCCAAGUUUUGAAAUCUUCUAAAUCUUCUAAGGCAUUAGAGAGGGACUCUUUUCACUUGUGAAAGCUUCUGGUAAUUUUAAUACCUUCUUCAGUCACUAAUAACUUGGCUGCGACCCUAUCAAUUGCACUUUUUCAUUUGAUUAUUAGACAGCCGUAAAACUAUCAAGCUAUAUAUAUAUAUAUGUAUAAACAUAUAUUUAUACAGAGUGUCCCAAUGGUAUACUACGAAGUUAUUUUAUGUCUGAAUGUGAAAGUUCAUGGACAAAGCGACAGUACAGAUAAAAACUAUUUUAAAAAUAACUUCUCGAAUGGAAAAAAAAAAAUUAUAUCAGCAUGGGGUUCAAAACCAGUCUUGUUUCGGAUACACAGGGUUUAAAAGUUUGCAUUUUUUUUCUUAAAAUUUAAGAAGGAAAAUAUGUAUUAUAGGGACCACUGUUUAUACACCCCAUUCAACAUUUCUCGAUUUAGCAGAGACAUUCGUAUGGCACAUUUGAUAAUUUUUCCUAAGAGCCCUAUAAAUUGAAACUAUCUCUUGUGUUUGUGUUUUUACUAUAGAUAACCGGUUUUAGUGUCUUGAAAAAAUAAUGAAAUGUUUAUCUAUUUUAGUGGAGUUUUCAGUUUUUUGGAAGAAGUUCAAUAGGGUCGCAGUUUGCUUUCUGGAGGAAUAUUUGAAGAUUUAGGUUUUGAUUUUUCUGAAGGUGUAACUUUUUUUGUCGAAGUUGGCUGCAGAGUUUUCGGUUUUUUAGAGGUAGUAAUAAUUUCUCCUUCACCUGAUAAGUCAAAAGCAAUAGAAAUAAAUUCUAGUAGGACUGAAUUGAAGGAUGAAAACAAAGCGUCGGUAUUAUUUGGACAAGAAAAGGCCGAAUUACAUACUAAGGAGUUGCUAAGAACAGGUAGCAAAAAUUCUAAAUGUGUUGAAGAUGAGCCAAGCCCAGUAAAUCCACCCAAAACUGAAGAAAAUAAACCCAGUGAUGCCAAACCUAAUGCAAUAAGAAGAAAACCUGGGAAAAUGGAAAAAAAAUAUCUACUCAAAAAUUCUGUGGCUGAUAAAGACAGUGGUGGAAAAUGGAAACUUAUUUUUCAAUUAAUUUGACUUUAAAUUUAACUUAUUUUUUGACUUUUUUCCUCUACAAAAUAGAAAGUCUUUUUUACACUCAUGGUCUUGAUUCUCUUCUACCUUUUUUCUUUUUUCUAAUCUAAACUUAAAACUAAAUUCAUUUAUUCUUUGUAGCAUGAUCUGGCAGCCUGUAAAAUCCAUUCCUUCAACAUCUGAGCAAAUCUGCCCCUGAUGAUGAGAUUUUCUAAUCUUGAAACAUAUAGGGCUUUAAUUUAAUUCAUUAAAGUAUUUGUUUGAGUUUUUCUUUUGGAAAUAAAUGUAAAAUUUGCUUUUUGAUGAACACUCAGGAAAAUCCUAGCAGAUGCCAAGCGGAUGCUUUUCCGUUUCUUAGAUGUGAUACUCUUACUGAAAGUAGGGUUGGAUUGUUUUAUUGUCUAUUAGCAGUACAUGGUGACGUAAACUUUAGUUUUAGAUCAUUUGUAUUGUAUUUUUUUAAAGAUUAAAAUUUGUGCGCUACAAGGACGCAGCAUUAUGAGCUUCUUCUUUAGUGAAAUUUCAAAAUAGGUGUUUGUUCAAAUAUUCCGUUUCAAUCUUCUUGCAGAUCUUCCUAUACAAGUAGUGAUAACAUAUUGGACAAUUCAGGGCUGACGCAAGCGGAGUUUCGAAUUAAAAACUUACAAGCUCAUCUAAAACUCGAAGGUUAGUUUUUAAUGUUAGUUGUAGAUAACGCUAAAUUUAUUGAAGACAAAAUUUUGACAUUGGGUUACAUUUCCUAAUUGCGACGUUUCGGCCAGGAGUAUCUCCGGCCCUUAUUUAGCUUAUGAAUAGGCUAGUGAGGAAUUGUAUCAAUGAAUCGGCGUUAGUUUGAUAAAUACCGAAGAGCGCCCACCAGUCAAAACUUCUUAAUUAUUGUAAAAGAGUGCACUCCAAAACCAUGUUUCUUUCCAAGUAAUUUUCAAUAUUUAGAAUUGUAAGAAUAUGGACAAAAAAUAAAUAAAUUCACUUUUUUUAAAACUUAUAUCGAGGUACUUAGCGAUAUAAUACCUAGUUUGGUCUUGUGCAGCAAUUAUUGAACAUGAACUCAUGAAAUUUGAUAUAAAGUCAUUUGAACGUCGGUUUGGUAAAAAGUAUGUUAAAUUCGCAUGUCAAAUAACUAGUCAGGGUUAUUCCUUGCAGAUAACAUUCUUAGGUUAUUCUGCUUUGGAUUAAAUUGGAAUUAUUUAGUUUAGAAAAUAGAAAGUCAAUACUUGGGAUACUCUGUACGUUGAUGUAUUAAAAUUAUACAAUAAGACAUUGUGAGAAUGUCCGAUUACUUACAUAAAAAAGCAUUUCUAUUAAGAAAAUUUAUUUGUUAAAUAUGUAUGUAGUUGGAUAGCCUAACUAAUUGGAUGUGAUUUUUAAAUGUAGGCUGUAAUGGAAAUAAGGUUCCUGUAUGAUGAGAUGCUAACAGAAAUAAACUUUAGGACUCCAUAUGCUGUAAGUUGGUUAAACUUUGGCUGGAUUUGUUUGUGUCUCACAUCCACUUUGAAUGCAAUGACAAAUAAUACAUAGAUGUCUAUUAUUAUUAUUAUUAUCUAUGGAGCCCUAUAAAGUAGGUCUUGUUUGUAAUAAGUAAUAAGUGUUACCUAUUAUAUUCUUAAAAAUGAGAUAAUAAAUGUUUUAAAGAUU